GACCUUUGCUGUCAAAUUCUUUAUAUUUUGGUAGAACAUCCGUCUUUAUUCUAGAUUUUUUCUCAACUUUGUCAAAUAUUUAUUCAACCCCACAAAACAUGCGCUAUCUUGAAGUGUAUAAUGGUGUUUCCAUGUACUUAUGGGCGCGUCUCUUAGGAUGCACUUUACUCGAUGUGUGGGGGUAUCUUUGGAUGAACCCUAACACCAUAUAUGUCUCUUGGACCUACCAGGGCUACCCUCACAAAUUCUUUGUGGUGUUACAGACAAUCACUGUUCUUUUCGAACUCAUACAUUGGUUUAUGGGUCUAGUACCGUCUCUGAUCAGUACCCUAUUGGUACAUGCAUCUGGUAGACUCAUGAUAGCUCUUGCUAUUUCUUUCUACCUUCCUGAUUCAAGGGCAAAUUUCUCACCAGUGUAUGCCCUUCUCCUCAUCGUGUGGUCUACAGCUGAUAUCACCAGGUAUAGUGUAUAUCUUGGGAAACAGCUCCAGAUCAUGCCGGCCUUGUUGGAACGUUGGCGAUACUCCAUGUUCAUCCCAUUAUACCCCAUUGCCCUCGUCUCCUCCAUGUACUUAAUCUACUUGUCAUUAAACGAUGACACGGGUUUCUACUUUGGCUUCUUGCUUGCUCUGUCAACAUUUUAUGGAUGUGGCUACUUAUGGGUGUUCACACAUAUGUGGGAAAAACGACUCCGAUGGAUCCGCAGAGUCGAACAAUUAAAAGAAUUUGAUUGUGAAAAGAGCGCAAUCUUGGGGGUUUAAAACUUCUCACAUCUACAUAUACAUUCAUCAUCCCUUACAAAAUGGGGAUCCAUUCAUACUACAUUCUACUGCAUCGCUAUAUAAUACUAAUAUAUG